AUGGUCCGGCUAGUUCUUUUAGUGUUCUUGUUUCCAUUGCUCGCAUUGCAGCUGUACAAUCAUCGUGAAGCGGCCUGUCGUGUUAUUGAUUCUUACAUAGAGUCUUCGCCCCUGCUUACUUUCGUAGCACACUCAUCUUUUGCUCACUGGAUCGCUCCCUGCUUGGCCCCGGGUUUCGUGAAAGGACCUAAACAGUACCUAUCUAGCCAAUCAUCGCGACACCAUUCACCAGACCCAGAUCAGGCACAGUUGGGCGGUGCCGACCAAGAGGAUUGCAUUCCGUGCUCACAGCUCCAGGAUCCGUAUUCACGAGGCAAGCCAUCUCAAAAAGAUAUGAGUGCACACGCAAAGAGAGUCGAGCUUCAAGGCACCAUUUCAGUAACAACUGACGCGGAAUGGGAAGCCCUAUUAUCAAAGCCGGGUCUGACAGUUGUUGAUGUCUACGCAAAAUGGGCUGGACCCUGUGAACCCAUGCAGAACAUCUUUAAGCGACUGAAACUGGACUUUGGAGACGAGGUCACUUUUGUAAUGGCGCAAACCGACGCAAUUGACGUACUGUCGAAAUUUCGCGAUAAGUCCUGCCCAUUGUUCCUAUUCUUCUUUAAUGGAGUACUGGUGAAAAUGGUCAAGGGUGCAAAUGCACCUAUGGUCGAGAAAGUUAUUAAAGACCAACUUGAACUCGAGGAGAAAAGAAUGCCACAUAUACCUCUCGUUUUGGACGAUCUACCGAAUGCUCUGACCAUCUCAAAUAUGGAGACCGAAAGCCCCAUCAGUGUAACGUCACAAGAUGCCUUAUCCCCGACAUCCGUAGUAUCUCCGACCACCGGACCAUCGGAACAGACCCUUGCUAUUAUCAAACCGGAGGCAAUGGCACCAGGAAUUGUCAGCUCAAUACUAGACAUCAUCCGCCGUAAUCGUUUCGAUAUUGUGAAGAAAAAGAAAUGCUGGCUUACCCCUGAACAGGUGGAAGAAUUGUAUAGAGAGCAUGAGAAAGCGCCCUACUUUCAAGGGGUGCUUACACAUAUGUCAACAGCACCUGUGUUAGCCCUCGUCCUUGCCAAAGACAAUGCGGUACAGGAAUGGCGGAAAAUUAUGGGACCGGCCAACUCCGGUCGCGCGCGAGACGAUGCACCCUCCAGUAUUCGUGCCCUUCACGGUACGGAUAAUCGUCUCAAUGCAGUAUAUGGAUCUGAGACUCCCGAAGCUGCUCAGAACGAGAUCGAGUUGCUCUUCGGCUCGGCAAGCGCCGUGUUUGAGAUCCCUCUCACGGAUCGGGAUAUUACGCCAACAUCCGGUCAGCCUGAAAAGACCCUCGCCAUUAUUAAACCUGACAUGAUUGAUGGCGAGAAAGUUGAUGCGAUUGUUGAGCGUAUCGUUUGCCGAGGAUAUCAGGUCUUGAAACGAGAGAAUGUACACUUAUCACCAGACGAGGCAGCCGAAUUGUACUCACAUCAGAAAGAGAUGCCCUACUUUAAUGAUGCCGUCGCUUUUAUGGCAAGCGGCCCUGUUGUGGCCUUGGUCCUAAAGGGUGACGAUGUCAUUCGCGGAUGGAGAGAGAUGAUUGGACCGACGGACCCCGAAAUAGCAAGGCGGGAGAUGCCAAUGAGUAUUCGCGCGGUGUUUGGCACUGAUCCUGUCCGUAAUGCUGUACACGGGGCAGAGUCUGCCGACGGUGCGGUUCGGGAAAUUGGUCAACUCUUUCCUAACGUUCUCAUGCGGACAGAAUCGGCCAUCUUUGGCACGAGACCAAGUACAGGAGCUGGCGCAUCUCGUCCAGAUCUUGCCGCCGACGCAGCAGCAAAAACUACCGAGCACUCUACAUCUCAGAAUGACAUUACCAGUAGGACAGAGCGAACAUGUGCACUGAUUAAACCGGAUGCGUACGCCGCUGGAAAAAAGGACGAGAUAGUUGAGAAGAUUAAGCUUGCCGGUUUUGCGAUAGUUGCCGAGAAGGAAGUGGAGAUGGCACGAGAAAUGGCGGAAGAGUUCUACAAAGAGCAUCACGGAAAACCUUUCUAUGACGAGCUCGUUGCUUGGAUGAGUAGUACUCCUAUUUACGCAAUGGUCCUAGAGAAUGACACCGCCAUCACAGCCUGGAGAGAAUUAGCAGGACCUACAAAUUCUAUCAAAGCUAAGGAGAUUGCCCCAGAGAGCAUACGUGCUUUAUAUGGUACAGAUGGCUCGCACAAUGCAGUUCAUGGCUCGGAUUCGCCAGGAUCCGCAGAACGCGAAAUUCGCAUUAUCUUUGGAGAUUCAGUCCGUCCUUUCCCGGCCGUAAAUCUUGCUUCUAAAACUCAUCUAGCCACACGGCCACUUGUAGAGCGCACCUUGGCCCUGAUUAAGCCGGAUGCUUUCGGAUCUGGCAAAAAAGAUGAGAUUGUAAAUAGAAUAAAAGAACAGGGAUUUGCCAUUGUGAGGGAGUCGGAAGUCCAAUGGACGGAGGACAAAGCAAAGGAGUUUUAUAAAGAGCAUGAGGGUAAAGGAUUCUAUGACCAGUUGGUUGGGUGGAUGAGCAGCGCGCCUAUAUAUGCUAUAGUGUUGGAGAAAGAAGGAGCAAUCGCUGGAUGGCGGGAACUUGCUGGUCCAACAAAUUCUGAGCGUGCCCGAGAGAUGGCUCCUAACAGCAUCCGUGCUUUGUACGGCAAAGACGGGUCUCACAACGCGGUGCACGGAUCCGAUUCACCUCAAUCAGCAGAGCGGGAGAUUCGUAUCGUGUUCGGAGAUACUGUAUCGCCUUUCCCGUCUGUUCAGGGUGCAAAGCCGGCAGUCGCAGCAAGCGGCUCUGUCUCUGUUCUCGCUCACACCGGACCAGAAACGCAGGACCCUAUCCAACCGGUCAACGCGCAAUUAAAUGGUGAUGUCCGCCGUCUUGAGCGCACACUGGCACUCAUCAAGCCCGAUGCCCACAGCCUGCACAAAGAAGCUAUAUUGACUCGCGUGCAGGAAGCUGGGUUCAUCAUUGUGAAAGAAAGCGAGAUACAAUUCUCCCCGGAUAUGGCAAAAGAGUUUUACAAGGAGCAUGCAGGAAAGGGCUUUUAUGAAUCGUUGGUAGAGUGGAUGAGCAGCGCUCCAGUUUACGCCAUGGUCUUGGAGCGCGAAGAUGCCAUACAAGCGUGGAGAGAUUUGGCCGGACCAACCAAUGCUGAGAAAGCUAGGGAAAUUGCUCCGAACAGUAUUCGAGCCCUGUUCGGCACCGAUGGCUCCAAAAACGCCGUCCACGGAUCUGAUUCGCCUUCUUCAGCCGCACGCGAGAUCCAUGUCAUAUUUGGGGACGCUGUGAGCCCAUACCCAUCCGGGCGGCCAACCCUUGAGCGCACCCUGGCCCUUCUGAAACCCGACGUUGCCUCCACAACCCACAAGGACGAAAUUAUUUCGCGUAUACGGCAACAAGGUUUCACCAUUUUGCAUGAGAAGGAAGUCCUCUUGAGUAGGCAACGGGCGAUGGAGUUUUAUAAGGAGCAUGAUGGAAAACCUUUUUACAAUGAGCUGGUGGAAUGGAUGUCCAGUGCUCCUAUUUAUGCAAUGGUUCUCGAGCGGGAAGGCGCUGUUCUGAAAUGGAGAGAAUUGGCAGGCGCGACGGAUCCUGCUAAAGCCAAGGAAACGGCUCCUAAUAGCAUUCGCGCCCUAUACGGCAGCAGCCAAACGCACAAUGCUGUGCACGGAUCAGACUCUUUGGCGUCAUCCGCUCGCGAGAUCUCUAUCCUAUUCCCCGAACUCGGAGCGUCACCAUCUGAACCAGAACCGUCCGAUAGUUCCGCAACAAAUCAAAACGCAAAGCAGACCAUAGUCACGCCACGCCCGCCGGCAACAACCAAGCCAACCGCCAGCUCGCCCUCUCGAGCAUCAUCCACCACGAACAUCACCCGCAAAAGCACCGCAACACUAGCCACACGCGCCGCAUCCCAAAAGUCCUUGGCCGGGACAAACAGUAAACCUGGCUCUCGGGUAGGCAGCACCACAGCACUCGACGCAUCAAGGAAAGCCGCAGUAUCCAAGCCUGCCUCCCGGGCUGCUUCUAAACCCUCGUCGCGGGUAGCGUCCAAACAAGACCUGGCAGGGGACGCGAAGAAGACUCGUGCAUCGGGUUUGAGAUCGAGUACUGUUGCUAUGGACGCUGAGCAAGAUAAAGGAGGAGAAAAGGAUGCACUAGCAGCUGCGUUUGAACCUGCUGGGCAUGUUACCACACAUCCCGGCGAAGGUAUGGAUAAGGUUCCUGUGGAGGGAGAUGCUGGGCCUGGGAUCAUGGAGGACCCGACAAAUGUUACCGUUUGAACUUGUAUCAAAGUCUGGGAUGACUUCUUAGAAGGCAGCAUAUAGAAUUUCCUUUCAAACAAAUGUUAUUUAAUCCGAGACAAGUAUUGAUCCGAAAAAAAACUCGCUCUGCAUAAAAUGGCUUCGAACAGGACAGGGAGACGCUUAU